AGCUGAACGUGUGGUUUGGCAAAUGAGAAGGUGGAUAGUUGCUGUUGUCUUCUCCAAGUUCUUGUAGAGUGCGACCGCGCGAGUCAAAGCAGCUAUAAAGUGAACCUUCAAAGGACUCCUGUAGAACUAUUACGGUUUUAGAGACAUUGCCAUUGGACUUAGGUCCUGGUGACGAGCCUGCGGCAAAUUCCGGAACAAUGUUUGCCAAAUUCAGUUUUACUGUUCGAGCAUGUGGAGUGGCAGGUUGUGUUGCAGGUGCUGCUGCCGCCGUUGCUGGAUGGACCAGCGCGGAACAGAACAACCACGUAAUGCUUGCCUCGUCUGCUUACAUGGCGCAGCAAAUUACCCCGAAUAUCAGCCUGGACAGUUCAGCUGGGGACAUGCGGCAUAGGAUGGAAGGCCUCAUAUUGCGUACGCAGAAAGACCUCUGUGACGCGUUGUCUAAAAUCGACGGAAAGGAGUUUCGAGUGGAUCGGUGGCUAAGGCCUAAUGAAGGUGGAGGUGGAAUUAGCUGUGUUCUCCAAGAUGGCAAAGUCUUUGAGAAGGCUGGAGUUAACAUAUCAGUGGUAAAAGGUGUUUUGCCGCCAGAGGCUGUGAAGCAAAUGCGUGCCAGGGGUCACUCGGCGCUCAAAGAGGGCGAGUCGCUUCCAUUUUUCGCAUGUGGAGUGAGCUCUGUCAUUCAUCCACGAAACCCUUUCGUCCCAACUCUACAUUUCAACUAUCGCUAUUUUGAAGUGAUCAGCGACAACCAGCGUAUUUGGUGGUUCGGGGGUGGCACUGAUCUGACUCCGUACUACUUGGAUGAAACCGAUGCUAAGCAUUUUCAUUCAACCCUGGAGAAAGCGUGCCGCCCUCACAAUCCCAGCUUCUACCAGCGGUUCAAGAAGACCUGUGAUAACUACUUUGUCAUCAAGUUCCGCGGGGAGCGGCGAGGAGUUGGCGGAAUCUUCUUUGACGACAUGGAUCAGCCAUCUGCCGAUGCUUGCUAUCAGUUUGUGGACUCCUGUGCCAAGUCCGUUAUCCCGUCGUACAUUCCUAUUGUCAAGCGUCAUUACCGUGAUCCGUACACGGAUCGCCAUCGUCAGUGGCAGCUGUUGCGCCGAGGUCGCUAUGUGGAGUUCAACCUGGUGUACGAUCGCGGCACCAAGUUUGGUUUCAACACUCCCGGCGCUCGCAUUGAAAGCAUCCUCAUGUCAUUGCCACUGGAGGCAAGGUGGGAGUACAUGCACGAACCCGAGCCGAACUCACCAGAGGGCAAAAUGAUGGCUGUUUUGAAGAAUCCCCGUGAUUGGAUUUGAGUAUGCUAAUUUGUCACUCAGCGUUUGAGAGUUGGGUUUGUUUCAACUCGCUUCCCUCUGGAGUUCACUCUGGUUGUGUUUGCAUCGCUCAGAAAGCUGCACCGUUUUAAGGUUCCCUUUUAUUUUCAGCGUGCUAAUGAUGCAGAGCUUUGUGCAACUUGGUCCCUGCGAUCUGCAGCACUUGAUUUUUGCGAAUGUGUGGCGUGUUUAUUGCUUAGCGGUAAGUGUAAGACGUUCACCUCAUGCCGCGGAAGCGUGUACAGCGUAUUACUGCAUAGUGCAGCUGACCCGUGAACUCAGAGAAAAUCUAUUAUCUCUGACAAGCUAUUUACUGGACGUAUACGCCUUUGUUCUUGAUUUUUGACUGCUUUUUGCUCUUCUCGGAUUCUAGCUUUUCCGGUCUAGAAUUUGAUUUCAGUUCAGGAUAGUUUCUCCUGAGUCCUGUUACAACAAUGCCAAUGCCAGAGUAUUUUUUUAGUAACGCCUGCACCAUGUUCUGCUCGCCAACUGUAUAUAUAUGUCGGUUCCCAGUGCUGAUAGCCCACAAAAGAUUGCAGUUUCAUUUCUUGA